AUGGUUCUAAUCAACGGCGUCAAAUACGCGUGUGAGCGCUGCAUAAGAGGCCACAGAGUCACCACCUGCACCCACACCGACCAGCCCCUAAUGAUGAUCAAGCCCAAGGGCCGACCUUCGACCCAGUGCCCACACUGCAAGGAGCAGCGAAGAGUCCGAAACUCCCACGUCAACUGCAACUGCUCGAAAAGGAUCAACUCCAAGGUCCAGCAUGACCCCAGCUGCCCCUGCCACGUCACAGGCGAGUGUUCCUGCUGCUCCAAAUCGAAAAAGUCCUCGAAAAAGAAGGACAAGGAAGACCCUGCAGCUGCAGCUGCACUCUCAACAUCGGCAAAGCGGAAGUCGAGCAAGAAGUCGGCCGACAGGGAAAUAAAGCCUAUCUUGGACGAUGAGAUCUCUCCGAGCGCUAGAACAGCGACCCCGGCCUCUUUGUUGUCUCCGGCCUCCUCGGGAAUGAACCAGCCUCUAGAAAUCAACAUGGACCUCAAAAAUCUGUCGAAUUUGCCGGACGAUAUAUCUUCUCAACCUCUAGACAAGGACCAAAACAACCAGACAUUGUAUUCAAAUGAAGACUCUACAAACGGUUCUUCUCAACAACCCUUUUCAAAUGAUAGGGACAGUUUGAACAGUCUCCUUCAAUCCUGGGAUAUGUCGUCCCCUCCGAUGGGGAACUCUGAGAGCUUAGCAUCGCUAUUAUCGGAAAGCUCGAUCAAUCAUUCAAAUAAUUACAGCGCUAGCAAUAACAACAACCAUAAUAAUACUGGAUACAGUAGUAAGUAUAUCAAGCGACAGAUUGGUUUAGAUCCGCUACAAAAUUUCAGAUCUUCUUCAUCGAUAAAGCCUCAGCAGCACCACCACCAGCAGCCACAUUCUCAAGCUACACAUGCGAAGCAGCAACAACACCAGCAACACCAGUUACAUUUACAGCAACAAAGAGGCUUGGGCGAGAUAUCGAUUCCAGUCGAAGAAUAUAUCAAACCCUUGAAUAAAAUGAAUGUACAUUUCAAUAACUUUCUGACCAACCUCUCUGAUUCUUCACCUAUUGAUCCUCCAAUCUCCAGUCCUAACAAUAGUAUAAGUCCAGGUCAAAUAUCAAAUGUCGACCUGAACAUGGCUAAUUUUUCUAGUAAUAAUCCAAAUGCUAAUUCUGUCAUUAAUAAUAAUAAUAACAUUAAUAAUAAUUCUAACAAUAAUAAUAAUAAUCAUAUUAUGAGUCCUAAUCAUGUCAACUUCAAUACCAAUAAUUUUAAUGCUUUAAACAACGGAAGUUCGAACUUGAAUUCAAACCAUAUUGAUGUGAAUAAUAACGGCAGCAGUUUUGCUCAUGCAAAUAACAAAAUGUCUGCCUUAUACAAUAACGUCUUACCAACUCCAGGUAAUGGCUUGCUAGACAUAUUCGAAGAUAACGUACCCACCCAUAAGAUCUAUCAAAACUCCCACAACGCAUCCAAUGCUUCAGUUCGUGAUUCUCAUGACAAUGAACCAGACUCGUUAUUUCCUCUUUUCCCAUUAAUUGGACCCAGUUAUUCUCAGAGUGCUCAGAGUGUUGCAUCCAGUGUUCAUGAUGAUGACGGUUCCAUGUAUUUCAAUAGAAAUACUUCAAACUACAACCAUAACAAUGUCAAUAUCGAUAAUGACUCUUCCGCAUUAGUUGACGGUAAUAACACUACCCAUCAUAAUGGUGCAAAACUUUCUCAAACGAACUUGCAUAACUUCAACAUGAGGCCGUCGUCCUCUAUGAAUAGCUUAUCGCAGAAUCAGCAUUCACAGCAAAACCUACUUCAACAGGCCGCUUUCAACCAAGCAGUAAGUCUGUCAAAUAACACUCAACAAUACCAGGCCCCACUAUAUCGUGAUUCCACUGGAUCAUCUUCUCAUUCCACCAAUUCCCAUCAGUCCUUCCAUUCUACACAUUCACUCCAAUCCAGUGGACACGGCCAUUACCAACAUCAUCACCAUGGUGGUUCCCAUGGCCAUUCCCAUCAAUCGCAUUUUCAGCCUUAUCCAUCCCCUCAGCCACGUCGUUCAAGCUCCUUUCUAUCUGUUUCUUCGGCUCAUACCAUAGCCUCAUCUACAGGAUCUCCGGUAUCUAUUGCCGAGCGUCCUAAGUUGUUGACUGCGGAAUCUUCAGAUUCAAUACAUGCUUUUACCGGGCCUCAACUCUCAAACGCCAAAACAAAUACAACUCUGAUGGAUGAUAUCUAUCAGACUAAGACAUACACUGAUUCUCAAUCUAUUGCAACCAAACGAGCAUCGAUGUCGGGACCCUCCACACAUAACCAACCCCAGGCCAACGACAACUCUACCGAGAUCAACCUCAACGAUGAUACAAACUUCAAUGCCAAUCAAAACCUUGAUAACUUUAACUCCCACGAGGACUACAUUGAAAACAUGGGCCAAUUGGACCCUAACCUUGAUAUGUCUUUGAUUGGAACAGUCCCCCUAACAAGUUCAAUGUUUAUGCUAGGCAACAACAAUGCAAAUAAAAAUGACGCCUCAAACAGUAAUAGACAGCAGCAGCUCAGUAACAGUUACCCGAUUGACCAGUAUGACGAACAAUUGUUUGAAUCACUCCUUCAAAACAAUAUAUAA